AUGGAGCGCCCCGAUCCCAAGAAGAGCGCGGCGUCGGCGGCCGGCUUCCCCGACGACGUCCUCCUGGAGAUUCUCUCGCGCCUCCCCGUCAAGCCCCUCCGCAGAUCCAAGUGCGUCUCGAAAGGCUGGCGCGACCUCCUCGCCGACCCUCUCCACCGCAAGAAGCUGCCCCAAACUCUGGAAUGCUUGUUCUACGGCCGCGGCGAUUUCUACACCUGUGGAGACGACUUCGGAGGCCUAGGGUAUGGGCAUUUCAUCAACCUGUUGGGGACAUCCGCGACGCCAAUCGUCGAUCCUUCCUUCCCUUUACUGAAAGAUCAGCUGCCCGGCGUUAUUUCCACCAUCAGCCUCGUGGGAUCAUGCAAUGGCCAUGGCCUCCUCCUGUUUGAACACGAGGUGGAACCUGACAUGAUGGGGCAUAUCGUGUGCAACCCUGCCACUGGGCAAUUGGUGACUGUUCCUGUCGACUCGACUCAGGCGGAACCGUAUGAGGAGAGUAGUGAGGUGCACAUCUACCCGUCGGAAACCGGGGCAUGGAGUUGUAGGGUAUGUGACUGGGGUGAAUUUUACAUAGCUGGCUUGGCCGGUGCCUUUGUUAAUGGCAUGCCAUACUUUAUCUCCAAGGAUGCAAAGGAUCUGAUGAUAGUCCAGGAUGUGAUGGUCGCGGUGGACGUGGAAGGGAACAAACGGAAGAUCAUCCCUGUACCACUUCAGGUGGGCGCGGAGAAUUACUAUCGAGUUUCAGAUUAUGUCGGUCAAUCCCAAGGGCGCCUGCAUUACAUCUACCACAUUGAAGAUACAUAUAUCAUGCUGAACAUGCAUGCCCCCUCUGAACUGUCUAGUAAUAUUAAUACAACUGGUGUUGAUGAUAAACAAGGGGUCAUCUAUGGGCUGUUGUUAAUUUGGGUUCUUGAGGACUAUGAUACACAACGAUGGGUCCUGAAGCACACUAUAAGCUUGUUAAAGCUUUUUGGGAAGAAAGUGAGUUUCCAAAUGGGCUCAGACUACAGCGUGGUCACCAUCCAUCCAGAUCGCAACUUGGUUUUCUUUGCUCAGCACUGGAACCAAAAGCUGAUAUCGUAUGACAUGGAUAGUAGGGAAGUGUGUGAUAUCUGCACUCUUCCACAUGGCUAUGAGAGCAUCACUCCCUAUGUUCCCUACUUCUCAGAGUUGGCAUCGCUUGAAAAUAAGCACUGA